UUAUGUAAUCGCGAGUCAUUCGUACAAAUUAUAUCGACCGGACCCGACCUCUACAUCCAGUUCAAGACCGGGUCCGCUCAGCCCCUGUAUAACGGAUUCAAAGCCUCAUACCUUUUCGAGACAAACGAAACGAGUUUGCAUUCACUGUCAGCCGUCACCACAUCGACGAUAAGUCCCGUCAAAAUAGAAAGCAUACAAAUCCCACAAACAGAACCAGUCGAAGAUCUGCUCCAUAAGGACGAGACCACAGAAUCUUCCAGAAGUGAGUCGUUUGUGUAUUAA